AUAUAUGGCUCUACUGAUAUCAAUGAACUACUACAAUAAUUGUCAAUACAAAACAACAAGCAUAUAAAUUUCCCUAACUAGAGUUACAGUCUGACAAAAAAUUUACUACGUUAGAACCAAAGUGGCUCCUACGAUGAGCAAUGUGCAUAGCAGAUCGUGUUGAAUGGAUUUAGAAGCCGACUUGGCUCCUGCGGGAACUUCAGCAGUUUCUGGCGCCAAGUUUGCCGUCGCCGGUGCAGAACUAUUUACCGGACCUCGCCCGUAAGGAAAUAUAUCCGGCGUAUUCGCUGGUGUUGAUGGAAUACCAGGGAUUGUUACAGGCGGUGUUGCUGAAGUCUCUGGAGCAUCGGCUGAGACUGGUGGUUGGUUUGAUGGUGCGGUGGCGGAAGAUACAAACGAGGUGGUGGGACUAAUCGUCGGAGGGGAGAUUGGAGACUUCACUGGAAUAGUAGCGGGAGGGGAAAGAGGGGAGGUUGCGGGAGUUGAGACAGGAGCCGUGGCGGUAGUCGGAGUGGAAACAGGGGAAGUCGCCGGAGAUAAAACAGGGGAUUUCAAAGGAGUCGAAAUGGUUCGAGAUGUAACAGGGGAAGUCGCUGGAGAUAAAACAGGAGAUUUCAAAGGAGACGAAAUGGUUCGAGAUGUAACAGGGGAAGUCGCCGGAGAUGAAACAGGGGAUCUCGAAGGAGUCGCAAUGGUUCGAGAUGUAACAGGGGAAGUCGCCGGAGAUGAAACAGGGGAUCUCGAAGGAGUCGCAAUGGUUCGAGAUGUAACAGGGGAAGUCGCCGGAGAUGAAACAGGGGAUCUCGAAGGAGUCGCAAUGGUUCGAGAUGUAACAGGGGAAGUCGCCGGAGAUGAAACAGGGGAUCUCAAAGGAGUCGCAAUGGUUCGAGAAGAGACAGGGGACGUCGCCGGAGUAAAAACUGGGGAUUUCGAUGGAGACGGAGCGGUGGUCUGAGAAGGGGAAGUCGUCGGAGUAAAAACAGGGGAUUUCUCCGGAGUCUGCAUAGGCAAACUUUGCUUCGUCGGAGAUUGCGCCUCUGGAGAGUUUUGUAUUACGGGAGGAUGUAAAGUAGGCGUAUGGGAAGGAGACUUCGUCGGAGAUAUAAAGCGAUGAGAUUUUGACGGAGGAUGUUGUUUCACGGCGAGUCUCGGAGACUGAGCGGGUGCAUUCUCCGCUUGUACAUUACCAUAAACAGAAAUUAAAAAGACAAAAAUAGGAAUUACAACGAAGCGAUGCAUCGUGUAUCUUGUUUUGUGUUUUGAUUCUGGUAAUGAAAAGCAACAAUCCAAAUUGUUGUGUGUGUUUGAUUCUCUGUUCUGAGUUAAAUGAGUGUUCGCAAG